UCAUGGCGGUGACAGAAAUUUAUGGGUACCUCAUUACCACCGUUUAGUGACUGCUACCGUCUCGCUGUACGAGAUCAUUAGGGGCUCCUUUCAGAAACGCACGUGCUUGCCAAGAACCGCCCAAACUUACAUAGGAUUGGUUGAACAUACAAUGACGUCAUGAGCACGUGGCUUUUCGUCGCCGCCUCGAAGAACGAAGAAUUUGACUUGGUUGCCAAAAAAAAUAUUGUUGGACAUCGCGAGCAACCCCGACAAUCAGUCGCUGGUUUCGACUCUAAUCCCGCGAACGGAUCACGGAUAUCUAUGAAUGAUCUGAAUCGAUCUCGUACUUGCAACUUCAUUACUCACAUCAUUCUGUUUUUCAUAGAAUAAAAUCAAAAAUGUUUCGUUAAUUACCGGCGAAUCAAAUUUGAGAACCAUUGUACGAACAGGUAGUGAUUGUGAUGCGAUGGUGAUAAGCAUAGUGAAGACAUGUGCAGUGAUUUAUAAAGGAUCGGUUCUUAAAGUACCACUAGAUACGUAUCUUUGAAGUACUUUGAAGUGGAUAUCUAAUCGAUCGGAACAUCGAACCGAGAUCUAAAUGAUAGCGACAGGCAUUUGAGAACGAUCGAGAAAUUUAGAAUGUCGGAAGAACACGCGAAAACGUCGGAAAGCAAUAGAGAAUCGAUGGAAUUGAACGAAAGUCCGAAAGUAUGCUCCUUCAGUAUCGAAAGUCUUUUAGCGCCAAGUAAGAAACCUGUCGAAGAGGAAACUCGCGUAUCAAUUCAGACCGAAACGUAUUUGCAAGGUCACGAAUCAAAUGAUUCGGAGGAACGGAAAUUGAUAGCGCCAGAUUCCUCCAUGUCUAUGGCAGAAGAAAUCGAAUUUAACGAUGUGGAUCUGGUUUGCUCGACCCCUGAACCAGAAAUGUGUUAUGAGGCGUGUACCAGCAGUAGCGGUGCCAACUCUACAACAGGUGUAGAUAGAGACAUUCAAGAAAAAAGUGACAGCGCUAUUAGCGAUGACGAAAGAAAGAAGAGGCCUCGUACGGCAUUCACCGCGGCGCAAAUUAAGUCAUUAGAAGCAGAAUUCGAGAGGAACAAAUACCUAAGUGUGGCGAAAAGACUACAGCUCAGCAAAAGUCUGAAACUGACUGAAACUCAGAUUAAAAUUUGGUUUCAAAAUAGACGUACAAAGUGGAAAAGGAAGUAUACAAACGACGUGGAACUACUGGCGCAACAAUAUUACUCCAGUUUAGGUAUUCCUGCACCACGACCAAUUUUCGUCGAGGAUCGUCUUUGGUUUUUUAAUUAUCCAGCGCAAUUGCAACCAGGAGCACCGAUUUUUCCACAACAUUUAGCGACAGUUCCUUUACCAUCUGCCUUGCCUAUUGUUCAACCAUUGCCAAGUAAUUUAACAAUGGGUCAACAGACAUCGAUUUUCCAAAACAUCCCAACAAGUAAUCCGACAUAUCAUUUAAGCCAAAGAUUAGACUUUAGGCAUCAAGAUUCUUAAAUGCGAAAAUAUUCCGUGUUCACGUUACAUCAAAUGAGUUGAUAAAGCUCAUAUACAAUAUUAAUAUAAUUAAUAUUGUGCAGGAUUGAAUCGUUAGAAAUCUGGGUAUGUGAUACAUAUUUUUGAAAAUUUUAAAAUUAAUAGCGUUUUUAAACAUUCUAAAGAACGGUUAAUUUUUUUAUUAUCACAAUAAAUAAUGAUACUAAAAUGGAACCAAAAUUUGUGCCAAGAAUAUAUUAUAGUGAAAACAUAAUCCCCAUCUAAAUUGUAAAAAAAUUAAAUGUUUUCAUUUAAAUAACGAUAGAAGUAUAGAAAAUGUACAAGGUAAACAAAAAGUUUAUUAAUCGCAUUUAUUA